UCAACGAUUAGUUUCCAAAAGAUUUUGUCGCAGAACACAAGAAAACGAUGGAACGGCUGCUUAUCUACAUUUUCACUAUAUUGUGCCUUGUGUCAACAAGUAUUGGAAAAAAAGGAUUCGGUCCUGGAGAACAAGAAUGGGGCUAUGUUGAAAUACGUCCCAAUGCAAAGAUGUUCUGGUGGCUUUUUUAUACUACAGCAGACCUUAAUAAAUCAUAUUACGACAAACCACUAAUUAUUUGGUUACAAGGUGGACCAGGUAGAUCUUCGAGCGGGUAUGGAAACUUUUUGGAACUAGGACCUCUUGAUAUGGAUUUGAAACCAAGGAAUUACACUUGGGUCGAAAAUUAUAAUGUACUCUUCAUCGAUAAUCCCGUUGGCAGUGGCUUUAGUUAUGCUAACGAUUCAUCGGCAUUCGCGACGACGAACGCUCAGAUCGCAAGCGAUCUUCUAAAAUGUAUACAAGUAUUCUACAAUGAAUUGCCACAAUUUAGGCCUGUCCCGACGUAUAUCGCCACUCAAUCGUAUGGUGGGAAAAUGGGCGCGGAGUUUGCGCUUGUCUGGUAUCGAGCUCAAAAACAAGGUACUAUUGAAAGUAAUCUAAAGGGGAUAUCACUUGGAAGUUCUUGGAUUUCGCCUAUCGACACUGUAAUGAACUGGGCGCCAUUUCUACUAAAUACGGGUAUAGUAGAUAUAGGAGGUUAUGCAGAAGUUAACAAUGCGGCACAAAAGACAAAAAAGUUUGUUGACGCUGGCGAUUGGAAACAGGCAACAAAGUUUUGCGGUUUCACCCAAGCUGUAAUUUCGUUAGCAUCUUACGGUAUUGACGUCUAUAAUAUUCUAGACAAAACAAAUUAUUCGAUGGAAAAUAGGAACAUUUUCUUCUAUGAUGAAGACAUUAUAUUGCAUCGAUAUUUUAUGCCUAACAUGAAAAAACUUGAGGAAUUGAUGAAUGGCCCAGUAAAAGAAGCGCUCGAUCUUCAAAUUGGCCAUGGCAACCAAUCUGAAGAAGUUUUCGAACUCUUAAAACCAGAAUUUAUGAAGCCUGCCGUUGAUUUAGUGGAAAAACUGCUUAAUGAAACCGACUUAAAUGUAUUCAUAUACGGUGGACAAUUGGAUUUACUUGUUGACAUUGCAGGCAUGACUGUUUGGGUCGACAAUCUAAAUUGGAAAAGUUCUGACAUUUGGAAACAGGGAAUGAUUAGGGAACCGCUCGUCGUUGAUGAUAUUCUCGAGGGCUAUUACAAACGUCAAGAUAACUUCGCAAUAUAUUGGGUCUUGAGAGCCGGUCAUAUGGUUCCAAAAGAUAAUCCAGCAGCAAUGAAGACAAUACUAGAAAAUCUGACAAGCCCCCCAAAGGUGUGAACAAAAAUAAAACUUUUUAGCUUUUAUAUUUGUAAAUAUAAAAACUAAAUAUGUAUAAUUUAGAUGACUCAUAUUACUAAAACUGUUUUAUAGAUUUUCUUAUUUAAGAAAUGGAAGACAAUUAAAAUAAUUUUAUUAUUAAAGAAUAAUUCUGACUAUA